UUUGAUGAGCGAGGCGCUUUGUCAACGUAAGUCGGUCCAAUUUCGCAAGUCAAGGGCGAGGGUGACCUGCACCCUACUACCGUUGAUAGGAAUCUAGGGUAUAUAAACAAGAUUAUAGGAUUUCUGACGCUUCAUAGCUUCGUCGCGAACGUCACCUUCGGCAACAGUGCGGUCGCGGCCCUGGCGCUGCAGGCGUUGAGGCAGCUUCCUGGCGGUCAGCUUGGCUGCUGGUCGGCAACAUGGCAAGCACUAUCCGCUUUAAAUUCCGAGCUGAGCUGAGCUACAGCAACCUGCCUUUCGAUGGCCAUUACAUCACGGUUGGCGAGCUUAAGCGGCUUAUUGCAGAGAAGAAGGGUCUGGGCAUUGAUGCUGCUAACGAGUUGCAGCUCACGGAUGCAACCUCAAAAAGAGAUUAUGACAACGACGCCGAACAGGUUCUCAAAAAUUCCUCGGUGAUUGUGAAGCGGGUGGCAGCCGCAGCACGGCCAAAGACCAUUUUAAGUAGCGUGGCUCAACCUGCUGCUGCACCUGCAUCUGCAACAACCGCACCGGCUGCUGGGGCGCCGGUACCGGCCACACUGGCAGCAGAUCUUGGGGCACCAGCCCACGUCGAGGACGAGUUUGGUGAAGACCCUCUAGCAAAGGCCGCUGUACAGGAUGAACAGCAAAUGAUGGCUUUCCUAUCGCAAGCUGCCAAGGGUGUGGGGCUUGAGUCUCAGCUUGCCCUGCAAGCUGCUGCAGGACGCGGUCGAGGCCGAGGGCGUGGCUUUGGCCCUGGCGGGCGUGGCGGCCGCGGUGGCAUGAUGAACCGGGAGUGUUUGCGGUGUGGUCAACUCGGCCACUUUAUGAACGAGUGUCCCACCCAGGGCGACCCAGCUUACGACCGGCGCAUCAAGGUUCCGUCUGGCAUCCCCGCCUCCAAGAUUCAGCGCAAUGCUGACGGGAGCCUUUAUCUACCCGAUGGCGAGAUGGGUGAACUUGCAGCCAACACGCAGGCAUUCAAUAAGCUUGCAGCGUUAAUGGGUCGCAGCAGACCCGCGGCCGCUGGCUCUGCUGCGCCAGCCAGCGCAGCGCCAACUGCACCUGGGUUUGAGCCCUCGGUUCGUCCCGCUGGAGCACAGGCAGUACAGCCCAAGCCGGAACCACCCUCGCAUGCAGAAGCCAAGCCCCUUGGGCCGCAGCUCUUUGACGAUGACUUUGACGACGGAAACGCCAGGCAGCCAGCCCAGCAGCAGCCCAUCAAGCUCGCGCUUGGAAUGGAUGAUGCUGUCAGACGGUCCACUUCUCCUGCUCCGUCACGGCUGGCUGGGUCGCGCGCGCCGGGACCAGGGCUAGGGCCGCUGCCUGGGGAGGGUGGGACAGCUGCCACUGCAGCCGGAGCCAUUGGCCGUGACGGCAGUGGCGGCCGGGCCCAGGACCGCGGCCGCGACGUAGAUCCAGAUGAGCCUCUGCUGGCACCGCUACGCGGUGUGGGUUGCACCCGGGUUCAGCUGACGGAAGCGCUGCCUUUCCUGCGCGAGCUGCUGCCAGGCAACAUGGCGAUGACCGACUUGUUUAGGGCUUUUGGCAGCGGUCGCCCCCUGACCCGCCGCGAGUUCUUAGACAUGCAGGCUGCGGCCGCGAAGUUGGCAGCGGAACGUGCUGGCAGGCGCGGAGGCGCCGCCGCAGCGGAUCGUCGCGACCACGGCGGGGACCGUCACGGCACCGGCGUAGGUCACCGCGUGCAGUCCGACAGGCACUAUCACGCCGACCGGGAACGUGAUCGGGAGCGAGAUCGGGAGCGAGGGGGGCGUAGCCGCAGCCGGUCGCAUGGCCGGCGAUCAAAACGGUCGCGUUCAGGCAGCGGCGGUCGCGGCAGAUACUCCCGCUCGCGAUCACGGACGAGGUCGCGAUCGCCUACGUCUCCAAAGCGGCGGCGUGGACGCGAUGAUUUCGACGGACGUGACGGUCGGCAGGAGAGGGCGCGGGACCGCGGACGCGACCGCGACCGGGAGCGUUACAGGGAGCGGGAGCGGGAUCUCGAGCGGGGCGACCGGGAGCGGGGACGUGACAAGGAGCGGGAACGUGGCAAAGGGCGAGAUGGUCGGGAUGCGGUUCGCCAACGGGAGCGUGGGGAGCAGGGGGAUGGAGAGCCAGACGCGCGGCGAGAGGGCACUGAAGCCUCCCCCUCCGUGCACCCGCGGGAGCGGGAUUCACAGCCGCGAGAUCCGGGGCCGCGCCGGCAGCGUUCGAGGAGUCCCGCUGGGCCAGCGGCGGUGGCGGCAGGCGAGGGCGGUGCUUCGGCACGCGGCACGAGGGCGGAGUCCAAGGGAGAGCAGGCGCAGCAGGGCGUCUCGGGCGAUGUGGCUGCCAGGCAGCGCGGCGUGGGCGACAGAGGGGGCCCCGCGGGUGGCGGCUCUGAGCGCCGAAACGGCCCUGCCGCCGCGGCGGCUGCGCCGGCGGCCAGCGCCGGCGUUGCCUCCGAGCCGCCUUCCGCAGCUAGCUCGGACAGCGAGCGGCCCCCGGUGGGGCAGGCCCGGGCUGCUCCGCCCGAGGAAACGAGUCUGGCCGUUCGUCCGCCGUCGUCUGGGCCGCGUCCGAGAGACAGCGGCGACGGGGCUGUCAGCGAGGGUUUCGAGGCUGAGGGGACACGGCGAGUGGAGGAGAAGAAGCGGAGGAGAACGGCGGCAUCGGGACACGCGCCCUCCGAGCCAGCCGAAAGAAGUAUUCCUGUCUCAGCAAGGGCAAUACAGGCUGCAGCUAAUGCUGCUGCCAAGCACAUCCACGCGCGUACCAUGGCCUACUUUUGCGCCAUCCUCAACCACAUGGCCUCGGCUACCUCCGGGAAUCAUGCGCUCUCCCGCGCACGCCGUAAUCACCUAUCCAUUUCCCGCGGUUUCAUCUAUCCAUUUCCCGAGCUGCCAGCACAGGCACAUGAAAAGAAUUCCGCCACGGGGUUCACAGCUCUGUGCCUUGCCUCUCUGUAUCACUAUACCCGCAUUCUUUCUUGCUGCACCGCCGCAUUAGACUCUCUGUGUAAGUAG